CAUACUUCGGAGCAGAUCCAUUGUGCAGGAAGGACCUUUGGAUCCGUCAAACACGCCGAAACGUUACAUGAGCAAUCGAUGGAUGAUCCACCCGUCCUCGAGUUCCCACGUGCGCACCUCCUGAGUGAUUCGAGAGAGCUUGGGCCACGUUUAAGUGGGUCCCAAUGAGAAAGCCGACACGCUAGCCGGUGUAGCACGAGGGGUAGCGGGUGGGAAUGUAUACGUCUUUGCGGUCUACUAUGCCUUGACUGCCUCUGUCAUCGAAUCGUAUCCGUUCGAUUUCUAGGGUCCACCAUCGGCAACCGUCCAUUUGGCGGGCCCGCCGAUCCGAGUUUUCCACACACCUAUCCCCAUUUAUCCCACCGGGCAUCAACCCACCGAGACGACGCCAAUGGCUGCCACCGCGCUCCUCCCAUCACUCCUUCUCCUCCUCCUCCCUGCUCCCAUCUCUGCCAUCUAUCCCUACGAUGGCUCCCAUGCCCUCCGCCGCAUGACCCUUCGCCACCCUCGCCGUCUCCCUUCUCGUCUCGCUUCUCAAUCCGCCCACCGACGGAGUCCUUUCCCGAAGCGAUACGUAUUGGCCGAGACCAAGACCACUCCAGCUCUCGCUUCGUCAAAUUCCUCGCCCAACAGCUCGUCGUCUGAGCACCAUCACAGCCGCAGCCACAAGCAGAGCGUGAGGAACUGGAUCGUCGGUUUCAUCACCGGCUCGCUCUGGGGGAUCAUCUCCGGGAUUAUCCUCUCGGUGCUGUACCGGCAGGUGGUGAACUGCAUCCGCGGGCGGUACAGGAGCCCCGGCAGCCCCUCCAUCUUCAGCCCCACGCACAUCAAGCGCGCCGAGGACCUCGCCUUCCUCGAGAAGGACGAUGGGCUCGCGGCCCUCGAGGUCAUCGGCCGGGGCGGGUGCGGCGAGGUGUACAAGGCCCAGCAGCCACCCGAUCCCAGAAAGCCCGACCGCCCGGGCAUGGUCCUUGCCAUCAAGAAGAUCAUGAAGCGCACCCCGGACAGCGCUGAGCCGACCUCUGACGAGGAGAGCCGGCUGCUCGACAAGUGGAUGCGGCAGAUCCGGUCGGAGAUCCAGACCGUGGGCCAUAUCCGCCACCGCAAUCUGCUGCCGCUGUUGGCUCACGUAACGCGCCGGGACUGCCACCUCCUCAUAUACGAGUUCAUGAGGAACGGGACCUUGCAUGACGCGAUCAGAGGCGCGUCCGCGGGGAGGAGGAAGCUGGAGUGGCCGGCGCGGUACAUCAUAGCCCUCGGCAUCGCUGCCGGCCUCGAGUACCUCCACGUGGUGCACCGCCCGCGGGUGAUCCACAGAGACCUGAAGCCCGCGAACAUCCUGCUCGACGACGACCUCAACCCCCGGAUCUCCGACUUCGGGCUCGCCAAGGUGGUCCCGGACACGGUAAGCGGCUCCAUGAGGUCGGGGGUGGCGGGAACCAUCGGGUACAUAGCGCCGGAAUACCAUCAGACUCUGCUGUUCACCGACAGAUGCGACGUCUACAGCUUCGGGGUCAUCCUGGCGGUGCUCGUCACCGGCAAGUUCCCCACCGACGAGUUUUAUUGGACGACGGAGGAGAUAAGCAUGGUGGAUUGGAUGAGGAACGCGAUGAGGUCCGCGGAGCCGGAGGUGGCGAUCGAUCGAACACUUGUGGGCAAUGGGUUUGAGGAGCAAAUGCUGCUGGUGUUGAAGAUUGCAUGCUUCUGCACUUACGAUAACCCCAAAGCGAGGCCUAAUAGCAGGGAGGUCCGACUAAUGCUCGCCCAGAUCAAGCAUUAGCCUCAAGAAUUAACCUUUAGUUUGAUGUAUAUAUAGCUACAAGUGUUCCAAGUGCCGCAGAAAGGCCUAAUAAUGGUUAGCCUCAUUGCUGUCCUCCUUCUUCUUCGUGGUUUUUCAUUGAAUCAGGCAGCGGGACGAAGAUUUCUUCAGUGAUAGAAGCGUCAAGGAAGGAGCUGUACAGUUCAACUGAUCGUUGAAGCCGCGUUGUCGACUCCCCAACGAAUUUUUGACUUUUGGAAGUCAAUGAUGACCAAAGUCAACCAUUCUCGAUGAGAUAAUAUAUUAAAUUAUGAAUAUUUGGGUUUGAUAUAUUCAUUAUUAAAGAUAU